GAUGGCGACAGAUAUUAUAUAAAGAUAAAAAUGGAUGAUAGCAAUGAUGAUUCAGAGAGUGAAGUUGGGAUUCCCAAGAAACGGAAGUAUAAUAUAUUGAAUGAUGAUGAUACUGAUAACAGUGAUGAAGAUGAUGAUGAAGAUGAAGAUGAAGAAAGUGACAGCGAUGAUGAUGAUGACGAUGAUGAUGAUGAUGACGAUGAUGAGAGUGAUGAGUAUGAAGAUAAUCCUUGUGUGGAUGGUACAUUCACUGAUGACGUCAACAAUGACCAGUGUGCUGUAUGUUUAAUGGAGUUUACUGAUCAAAAAGUGGGGAUACCCAACAUCUGUACCCAUGUUUUCUGUCUCGUCUGCAUACAAGAGUGGGCCAAGAAUAUCAACACAUGCCCAGUGGAUCGUAAAGUGUUCUAUACAAUCACAGUUAAAAUAGCAAACAAUGAAGAAACAGUUGAGGAGAUCAAAGUCGAAGAUCGAACUCAAAUCAAGGAUGAAUACGAAGAUCCAACCACCUGUGAGAUAUGUGGCACUGGCGAUCGUGAAGAUAGAAUGUUACUUUGUGAUGGAUGCGAUAGAGGAUUUCAUCUUGAGUGUUUAACUCCGCCUUUGGACAGUGUUCCAGAAGAAGAAUGGUUCUGUCGUGAUUGCUUUCUGGAUAAUACGCAGCAAAAUAUACUGGAUAACGACAGCAUUGAUUACUCCCAGCAUGCUAUUGCUUUCUCUGACGAUGAACUAUCGCCGACUCUGGAAUCCCGAUCCAAGCAAUUCGCAGAUAGCAGCGUAUCUUCCACCGCUAGACCUUCAACAUCGCAACAACGUCGUGCGCGAACUGUGGCGACAUCAAGACGAAGGAGACGACGGCGAAGAAGAAGAACACAAGGAAGUCGUCAAACUGGACAACAAUCAAAGAAAAAGAAAACAAACACGCUAGUUAAAGGUGAAAGCUCGACAACAACUCGUACUACAAAACAGAAAAGAAAGAAGAGGAAACGAAAGAGAUCGCGAAGAAAAAAGAUAAAGGCCGAUGAUGAUGCGGCAGCUGGAAGCUCAAAAACCACUGACAGAUAUCUCUUACCUCGUGAGAUGGAGCCAACGGCAACCUUUUCUUUAUUUGGAAGCGAUUUUGAUCUUGAGUAUCUUCCAAUAGUCGAAUCACCAGCUCCAGUGGUCACGACACACUCCACGCCACUCAUAUCAACUGCCACGGGCAAUCCUGACGUAUUAGGUUCUAUAUUUACUGGAUUGGAUACUCUGCAUAGCGAAUCUCUUACGGUUGAUAAGGAUGGAAGAGUGAGGAUUGAAGAAAACAAAAUGGCACGUCAGUCAGAAGCCAAACCUAAAGUGUUAAGAAAACAAAAUACUUCAAAGGAAAAAAAAGAAAAAAAAGACCAACGAUCCAGCUCAUUAUUAGGCUCUUCAGCUCGUUGUUGUUCAAGAGAGAUGUUUGGCCGAUGCUCCAUUCAUAGAAAUAGAGCGAAGGGCGAUUCGAACAGUUCAUCCCCGAGAAAAUGUAAAGGAAAUGAAACAGCCGUGAGAGAAUUUGUCAAUGACAAACGGUUAAAACGGUUUGGGGCAAGUUCCAGCUCAAGCGUCGUCAACAUGCCAAGUGAUGAUCGAUCUCACAUGUCUGUUGCUAAAAGCAGAAUAAACCCUCCAAAGACGAUUACAGAUAAGGACAUCGAGAAAGAGGAAAAUACGAAGUUCUCACAAGAGCCGUCGAAGGCCAUGCCGAAAGCUAGCCAACACUCUUUUACUUCGUACAAAAUACCAAAGAAAAACCCCACUUCCACAGCACCUAAUAUUCCGGUUGUAAAUGUGCAGAACGCAGAAUCAUUCAACUUUAAGCCCACUAGUGUUGUGUCUAAAUCACCAAUGAAACCGCCAAGAAUCAGACGUAAAAAAUUAAAAUUACCCGAAUUUCCUGAGGAGAGUUCAGGUAUUUUACAUCUCUUGCCAACCGGUACAGCAACGAAAACCUGGUUGGAUAAUAAACAAAAGAUUUUGGAACCUGGUCCAACGGCCCUGAAGACCAAUGAUAAAAAAACUGUCCAGAGCUCGUGGUCAGAGCCGAAUUCCAAGUUUCUUAACCUCGGUGAUAGAAAUUUAUCACAGGGAACUGGUUAUCACAUAAGAUUGUCUUCAUCAAAGAAAAGUGAAAGUAAAGAAACCUCAAGUAAUCCAUCAGUUUCAUGUUCCACUCCAAGUACUGCUAAUAUUCGUAAAAUCAAUAAUGGAAUCAAUUCUCAAAGUAUAAAACAAAAUCCUUCAUCACAGCACGGUAAUAAUUCCAAGCAAUAUUUAGAGAAUUCUACUACGGCUGCGAAUAUCGCAAAAGCUCGUUCUUCCACAAGGCAAACUACGGCGGAUGUCCAGUCCUCCCGGCCUGUUGCUGUUGUCUAUCCGACAAAAAUCUCGGGAAAAGUUAGUGAAGGAAAUUCUUAUGAGACAGAGGCUGCUAAAAGACGCAGAGAGGGAAUAGAGAGGUUAAAGCGAAAACAAUUGAUAUCAGAUGAGUUAAAAGAAGCUUUGAAACCAUUUUACAGACAUAAGGAAAUAUCGAAAGACGAUUAUAAAUAUAUUUACGGACGUGCUUUUGAAAAGAUCAGCCAAUCACCUCUUCCAGUUGUGUCACGUGAUGUUGCCAGUUUAGUGAAGAAUUACGUGAAAAAACUCAAAGGACGUCAAUUGAGCGCGAAGGCCAAGGGCUAAAUUUACAAUAAACGGCUCUGUAGCAUUGCAUGGACAAGUUUCUUGAUGACUUGGGGCCACUUUUAAAUUAAACAUUUCAGCUUAUGGCAUCUUAUAUUACAUUGUUCUUUAUCUAGCGAAUCGGUCGGUGAACAAGUAAAAAUGAACUUUUAAGUUUUAAAUGAAGUUUUUUGUUGUUUUGGUCAUGCUGUCCAAAACGUUUUAACAACAACAAAACUUUUACAAAACUGUAGUUGGUUUUGGCUAAUCUAAUUACGUCAUCAAACGCUAAUUUAAUUACGUCACGAGUGCGCUCAGAUACGGCUGGAUUUUCAUAAUUUUAAUAGCAAGGGCUAUUUUCCACAAGCCGGAAUUUUUCGAUUGGACGACUUUUCGCUUGAUUUUUUUCUGGCAAAUAUGACAGGUCAAAUGAAUCCGCUAUGGUCGAAUUGUCACUAUUGAAAAGAAGAAUUUCUUUCGAUCUCAACCUGUACCGGCUGCACGUCGUCUAUAAAUACUGCGAUUUCCAGUUGAGCGUGGAAUUGCGAAAGUUUGUUCGUUAAGUUUUGUAGUUUCAAAGCAAUGUUUGUGACGUCAUCUAAUAAUGUUGCCAGGGAACGCUGACCAAGUUAUCAUGGAAAAAAUGUCAAGUUUUUGACUAACGGCUUUAAAUAGAUACUGUAAAAAUAGCGGCUAUUACUUGCUA